UACUCUCAAACUUUUGCCGCGCUUUUCUACUUUGCCCUUAGGCUCUCUCUCUCUCUCUUUCUAUUUUGGAAUCGAAAGGAAACAAGAGAAAACACCGUUUGUAGUCUGAGUAAUCGGAACUGUACACAGAAAAAGAGCGAAGAAAUGGAAGUAUUUCAAUCUCAUAGGAAAUCCAGUUCCAACAAUGUCUCUGUUUCCACUCUUCCUCUCUACCGAUCCGCACCUCCCCUCGAAGUCCGUCUCGAAGAUUUCGAGCUCUUCGCCAUGGAUCGCCUCCGAGUUCUUAAAGGUAUCUCAGAUGGAUUGGGCCGUGGAAAGAAACCAGAAGAAAUGGAAAAUUUGGUGGCGGAUCUUUGGAAAGAAAAUAUGAGACAUCCACAAGCAAAUGAGGAAACAAACAAGGAUGUUAUAUCACACUUUGUUCUACGACUUGUGUACUGUAGAACAGAGGAGUUAAGAAAAUGGUUUCUUUCCAUGGAGACUACCCUCUUUCGCUAUCGGUUUCGCUUUCAAAGCUCUGAGGCACAGAGGGCAUUGAUGUCUGAGUUUAAGCUUCCCUACAAGGCAGUCAGCAAUGCAGAAUUUGAGUGUGUGAAGGAUAAAUUGAACCAAGUUGCACGCUCUAUGGGUCAGACUUUAGCUGCUGUUGAUGCAGUAUUCUACAAGGUGCCCUUUGAAGAAGUUCCAGAACUUGUUGCUGGUCGUCGAGUGUUUAUAUAUAAAGGACAUGCUUAUGUUGCAAUGAAUCAGGUUGUUUCACUUGUUGUCACACAAUUUCGAAGUUAUCUAUCAAAGGCACUCAUUUUAACAAACAGAAAAUGGACAUCUACUGUUAGAGAGCAGGAGAAGGAUCGGCUGGCUCCGAUUGUGGAAGCACUAUGCACACGUUAUUUGGGUCCUGAUUACUCUCAGCCAAAUGAAGUUGGGGAGAUAUCUGUUAAGGAUAUCGAUCGUAUUGCUAAGACUUCAUUUCCUCUCUGUAUGCGUCACUUAUUUGAAAAGGUCAGAGAGGAUCAUCAUCUAAAGCAUGGUGGAAGGAUGCAACUAGGUCUAUUCUUGAAGGGUGUUGGGCUGAAGCUUGAUGAUGCCCUGGCAUUUUGGAAAGCCGAGUUUGCACCAAAGGUUAGUGCUGAGAGGUUCGACAAGGAAUAUGCUUACAACAUACGCCAUAAUUAUGGAAGGGAAGGGAAGAGAACAGAUUAUACACCUUAUUCCUGUCAAAAAAUUAUCUCGUCAGCUCCUGGUGUUGGAGAUCAUCAUGGUUGCCCCUAUAGGCAUUUCAGUGAGGAGAAUUUAAGGGCUGCACUUGUAAGAAUGGGAGCAAGCAGUCGUGUAGUAGAGGAAGUAAUGGACAAAGUGCGCAAUAGGCAUUAUCAGUUAGCUUGUACCUUAACAUUUGAAGCUGUUCAUGGCUCAUCAUGCGAUGCUGGUAUCAAUCAUCCAAACCAAUAUUUCAUUGACAGCCAAAAGAUCCUGCAAUCAAAGAAUGGUACUGUUGCAUAAGGAGACACUUUCAGGCAUCGAUCGGAAACUCGGAAUCAUCACAUGUUUUGCACUUUGUAAGGAGGGUUAGAGGAACUGUAAUGCUUGUUUAAAUACUAUACUGAACUGGAUGAUGUUUUUAAUUUGUGAAGUUAGUACAUCUUCAUUCUAGAAAUCCCAUCUGCUGUAGUUCAUUGUACCGUCGCCUAAGAUGCAGAGUAUGGCAUUAUGUUAAUAUUAAGAAGAAAAGAAAGACUGCCUUGUUAACCAAGUUUUGUAAAAAAUAUAGGUUGAUUUUGUUGGGGA